AUGUCGUCGGCCAAGAGGAGAAAAGUCUCGCACGGAGAGGGAAAAGACUCUUCUCCAGUGCAAGUCACGAAGAAAGUCACCAAGCGGAAAGAUGUCCCGACCGGUCACGAGGCCCCAGUGAAAGCAGCACCCUCGAAGCCCAGUCCCGAACGCACGAAGCGAGCACACUCCGAAGUCGAAGAGGACGUCGAGCCUGCUGCAGAGCAAGAAGACGAAGUGGAACACAGUCAAUCCGCCCAGGAGGACAAGAGCUUCGCCGAGCUGGGCGUGAUAGACCAGCUAUGCGAUGCCUGUGCGAAUCUAGGCUUCACCAAGCCUACAGCGAUCCAGAAAGAGUCAAUACCUAUAGCACUGGAAGGUCGGGACAUCAUCGGUCUGGCUGAGACGGGGAGUGGAAAGACAGCUGCUUUCGCUCUGCCAAUCUUGCAGGCAUUGAUGGCAGCUCCCCAGCAUGAACAGCACAAGUUCGGCCUGGUCCUAGCACCCACCCGAGAACUGGCAUACCAGAUCUCACAGCAAUUUGAAGCCCUUGGCAGUCUGAUAAACGUUCGAUGUGCAGUCCUAGUCGGAGGCAUGGACAUGGUUCCUCAAGCCAUCGCCCUCAACAAGAACCCUCACAUCAUAGUCGCCACACCUGGCCGUCUUCUCGACCAUCUCGAAAACACCAGAGGCUUCUCCAUGCGCUCCCUCAAAUACCUAGUGAUGGACGAAGCUGAUCGCCUCCUCGACCUAGACUUCGGCCCCAUCCUCGACAAAAUCCUCCAAGUCCUCCCAUCACAACGCCGCACCAUGCUCUUCUCGGCCACAAUGAGCACAAAACUCAACAACCUCACCCGCGCCGCUCUCCAGAACCCCGUAAAAGUCAGCAUCUCCAGCAGCAGCUACCAAACCGUCAAGAAUCUAAUGCAGCACUACAUCUUCAUCCCGCACAAGUUCAAAGACAUUUACCUUGUCUACCUCUUGAACGAAUUCGCCGGACAGACUUGCAUAGUCUUCACUCGAACCAUCAACGAAACGCAACGGAUCGCCUUCCUCCUGCGAGCUCUAGGCCGCUCUGCAAUACCUCUCCACGGCCAAAUGACCCAAUCCUCCCGUCUCGGCGCUCUGAACAAGUUCCGUGGCGGUAGUCGCGACAUACUCGUCGCCACGGACGUCGCAGCGCGUGGUCUGGACAUCCCCUCAGUUGAUCUAGUCCUAAACUUCGAUCUUCCGCCCGAUAGCAAGACGUACGUGCAUCGUGUUGGUCGCACGGCGCGUGCGGGAAAGAGUGGUGUGGCGAUCAGUGUGGUGACACAGUACGAUAUUGAAAUAUAUCAACGGAUUGAGAAGGCUCUCGGGAAGAAAUUGGAAGAAUAUGCAGCGGAGCGGGACGAGGUCAUGGUCUUCGCUCCUCGCGUAGCUGAAGCGCAGCGGAUUGCGAUUACGGAGAUGAAGAACGAGCAUGAGAAGAGAGGCGGCAAAGGAUCUGGUAGUGGGAUCGGCGGUGGGAGAGCGAAGGGUCGUGGCAAUCGAAGAGAUGACAUGGAUGUCGAUGAGGGCUGA